GGAACCUGCGCACCCGUAUUUCCGCCGCGGCUGUGAUUCGGUCUUGCAACUGGAGCUGUUAGCUAAGGCUCGGAGUUACUAUAGUCUUUCAGGAGACUCGGACUCAGCUCUGACCGGUUUUAUCUGGCCCUCAUCGGUCUGAAUAGUUUCCUCUGCCGGCCUGGGGGUCUUUAUCUAACGGCUAACCCUGCUGUUUAAGGAACGUUAGCGGCCUUGCUAACACAGGCUGCUAACGGCUAGCUGUGGCGUUUCACAGUCUGCUUUAGCUCCUGAUGAAAACGUCGAAGAAGAACGACCAUCGCUGACAUGGGCACGGAGCUGUGAAGCCACAGACGGCGGCCAUGUCCAGAACAUCCUGCGGGUCUUUGUCCAUCAUAAUUCCUCUUUCAGUAUAGGUUUAGAUCCUGCCAGCAGCUCGGACAGUCAGCGAGGUUUCUGUCUCAGUGGUGUGCAAACUCAGCUGUGGACAGACAUAUCUGGGCCCGUGGCCAGCCUUCACUCCCAGGACGUCGACGGCAGCCAUGCUGACUUAGGACCAGCUGGUGGCGGCGAGUUUGUGCAGAACAAGUUCUCGGAGAACGUCACGAUGUCGGAGAACCAGGCCAACAACAACAACAUACCCCUGAACAACAACAACAAUGUGGGGCCCAACCGGGUCCGGAACCCCAACAUCAACCAAAACCCCCUCAUUAAUGUGCGGGACCGCCUCUUCCAUGCCCUCUUUUUCAAGAUGGCUGUCACCUAUGCCCGGCUCUUCCCGCCAUCGUUCAGGAGAGUGUUUGAGUUUUUUGUUCUGCUGAAGGUGAGGUACACUACAGGGGCACUCAGAUGUGAUCACACUGCUCUGGGCUCAGCUUUUCUGAUUGGCUUAUUGUGGCGUGUUCUACCACCAACUCAGGCACUCUUCGUCCUCUUCAUUCUGGCCUACAUUCACAUCGCCUUCUCCCGCUCACCCAUCAACUGCCUGGAGGCAGUCCGGGAGCGCUGGCCCCGUGAUGGCAUCCUGCGGGUGGAGAUCCAGAGGAAUUCCAGCCGGGCCGCUGUCUUCCUGCAGAACUACGACAGCGCCGGCCUCCAGGAGGAGCUGGAUGGGGAGUUGGGACUUAGCCUGGCUGCAAUGCCCGAGGAAGAGGAGGAUGAGGAGGAGAUGACCCUGGAGAUGUUUGACAACAGCUCUGUGCAGUUUGAACUGGACAUUGAGCCUCGUCUGAAGCCGUCAGUGAUUGGAGGAGCAGCAGGGGGUGCCAACGACAGCCAGGACGUGUCCUUCAGCCAGACCUCUAAAGGUAUGCAGCCGCUGCGGGACUCAGUGUCUGAGCUGGAGAUGAUGACCCGAGCAGUGUGGCCUCAGGAGGAAUACAUUGUGGAAUACUCUCUGGAGUACGGCUUCCUGCGCCUGUGUCAGAGCACCCGACAGAGACUCAACAUCCCUGUGAUGGUCGUCACUCUGGACCCCACGAAGGACGAGUGUUUCGGGGAUGGCUUCAGCCGCUUCCUGCUGGACGAGUUUCUGGGAUACGACGAUAUUCUAAUGUCCAGCGUGAAGGCGCUCGCUGAGAACGAGGAGAACAAAGGUAAAGCCUCGCAGCCCUCGCUCAGUGCUUCGGUGUCUGAGGGAGCAUUUCAAGUGUUUCUGAACCUCAUGUGGUUCUGUUCAGGGUUCCUGAGAAACGUGGUGUCAGGAGAACAUUACCGCUUCGUCAGCAUGUGGAUGGCGCGCACCUCCUACCUGGCCGCCUUCGUCAUUAUGGUCAUAUUCACUCUGUCGGUGUCCAUGUUGCUCAGAUACUCUCAUCACCAGAUCUUCGUCUUCAUCGUUGACCUUCUGCAGAUGUUGGAGAUGAACAUGACCAUCGCUUUCCCAGCAGCCCCUCUGCUCACCGUCAUUCUGGCCCUCGUCGGCAUGGAGGCUAUAAUGUCAGAGUUCUUCAACGACACGACAACGGCCUUCUACAUUAUCCUCAUUGUGUGGUUGGCUGAUCAGUACGACGCCAUCUGCUGCCACACCAACACCAGCAAACGCCACUGGCUGAGGUUCUUCUACCUGUACCACUUCGCCUUUUACGCCUACCACUACCGUUUCAACGGUCAGUACAGCAGCCUGGCUCUGGUCACCUCCUGGCUCUUCAUCCAGCACUCCAUGAUCUACUUUUUCCACCACUACGAGCUUCCCGCCAUCCUGCAGCAGAUCCGGAUCCAGGAGAUGCUGCUGCAGAACCAGCAGGCGGGUCAGAACCAGACCGCUCUGCAGGACAACCUCAACAACAACACUGGCGCCGCCACCGCCGGUCCAGGGCCUGUCAACACCAGCCAACCAGAACCAGCUGAAAUCCCCCCUCCUGGGCCUCAGGUUGACCCCUCCCCUUCCUCCUCAGCCCCAGCAGGAGGCCCUGGAGAGGUGAGGGCCGAGCUCAACUGGGUCGCCCAGACGGCCGCCAUUAUCACAGAGGCGCUUUCAUCCUCCAUUGACUCAGGGGGAGGAGCAGCUGGGGGUCAGAGCACAGACUGCAGUGCAGCGGAGCAGCAGAACCCGUCCUGA